UGCGCCCGGCGUACAAUGGCACUGGAGUCGGCCAUCUUGGCUCGCCAGUGGAAUCCCACCAGUCAGUGGUCGCUCGUGUUACGACAGUUCGGAGCAUAAUCGCCGCUCAAACAAAAUCUCUCCCGUUCAGUCGGCAAAAAUCGUCUCGUAAAAUCGAUCUAAAAAAUUCUAAACGACGACAAAUAACUCGUCAAAGGGACAACAACCGGGGCAAUAAUUAAAUUCGGAAUAAUCGGAGGCACUCGUGAUAUUUCAGUGACAACCGAAAGUGAACUAAAUCCGUUCGUUGGAAUAAUUAUUUAUCGGUGGAAAAAAUGGCGAUGCAAGUGCAGGGCACGAUUCUCGAUGUUCUCAAGAAGAAAAUGAGACAGACCAAAGAGGAGAUGGAGAAGUACAAGGACGAGUGCGACGAGUAUCAGAAGCGGUUGCAGGUGGAAGUGAUGCGACGCGAGGAAGCUGAGUCUGAGGUCGCAGCCCUCAACCGUCGCAUCCAGUUGCUCGAGGAGGAUCUCGAGAGGUCCGAGGAGCGUCUCGCAACCGCUACUGCUAAACUCGCUGAGGCUUCCCAAGCCGCUGAUGAGAGCGAACGGAUACGCAAGGCCCUUGAAAACCGCACGAACAUGGAGGAUGAUCGGGUUUCCGCACUGGAGCAACAGCUGGUUCAAGCCAAGCUGAUCGCCGAGGAGGCGGACAAGAAGUACGAGGAGGUCGCCAGGAAACUAGUCAUGAUGGAGCAGGAUCUUGAGAGGGCUGAGGAGAAGGCUGAACUCUCGGAAACUAAAAUCGUCGAACUGGAGGAAGAACUUCGCGUCGUUGGUAACAACCUGAAAUCCCUUGAAGUAUCCGAGGAGAAGUUGACACAGAGGGAGGAGAAUUACGAAGGCCAGGUGAAGGACUUGAGCAGCUCACUAAAAGAGGCUGAGGCUCGUGCUGAGUUCGCUGAGAGAUCGGUUCAGAAGCUCCAGAAGGAGGUUGACAGGCUCGAGGACGAGCUCGUUGGCGAAAGGGAGAAAAACAAAUUGCUACAGGAGGAAAUGGAGGCGACCCUGCAUGACAUCCAGAACAUGUAGAUCCGGUGUUCAAAUGUGGUGGCCUAACAAAAGACCCCCUCCCUCCCUCUCCCCCCCCAAUUGCAUUAUCUUUAUUUUUUUCUUUCGCGCGCUGAAUAAUGGUGCAACGCCUUAAACAUUUUAAACGACCAGAGCGAGCAGUCUAAGGCCCCCAAUCACCUCAUUAUCGAAAAUAACAUUUGAGACUCCACCGUCCACCGAGAUGAAUGGAAUGAAUGAGUGCGUGAUAUACGAGUGCCUGCGGAUAUUAAUAAUACGAGUCAAUUUUGGUGUUGAAGACACGUUAAACCAAUUGAUGAUGGGGCAAUAGUUUUUUUUUAAGGAAUAAUUAUCAAAGUGUCGUUGAAUUGUUUUUCUGAUAACAUUCCGAGUUUCGUGACGGCUCAAUGUCCAAUCGUGGAGUCGAGAGUACAAUUCGUUAAUCGUAUUUACGAAAUAUCGAGAUGAGAUUUAUAACGACGAGACGUUUAAUUGAGAAUUUAUUCAAUUGCGAAGUGAAUGGGGGUGAGGAGGGCAAAAGGAGCGAUUUUUAAUCGUAUAUUUCUCGGGAUCGGCUGAGUGAAAAUUGAGAUUUUUUUUUCAUUUUGAAGGAUUUUUUUCAGGCUACAAAAUGAGCGCUGACUUAUCCGAAUCGUAUCGCUGAGUCAGGAGAUAUUGAGGAUUUAACGAAGUUCUUUUUACCUUGCUCUCCCCUACGUCAAUAAUCUUCAACGAGUUUGUCGCGAAUAUCUCGAAAUCUAUGGGAGAUAGAGAAAAAAUUGUAGAGACCUUUUUUGCUGCCCCUUUCAAGCUUCACAAAAAAGGUCCGAAUGACAAUCCCGCUAUCUCCCUUAGAUCCCGAGAUAUUCAGCAAAACCCAUUCUCGAGUUGAAUUUAUUUCGUCAUUUCGCUUUAGAAUUGAAUUGUUCGACUUGUUGGCGAAAAAUUGUGCGUAUUUUUUUCCAUUACCUUCUUUUUCAUUGAAUACUGCCGAAAAUUGAAUAGUUGAUUGAUAUUUAAUUGAGGAAUCCUGUUCUGUGGUCUUUUUGAUCGCUCUUUUAGUCCUCUCAAUUCUCCAGUAUUUAUCCAAUUUUUUUACGAUGAAUAUACAUUCCAAAUUGUUCUGCAUGAAUAUUUAUCAGAGCUCGAAGAAUCAGUUAAAUCAAAUGGUUCAUGCUUUUUCUACUGAUUUUUUUUUUAUUAAUUGAUACCAAAUCGAGGACUUGUGUGAAGGACCACGAGAAACGAAAUGAUUAUUCCAUCGCGAAACGAGAUUCGAUAGAACGCGAGAGGAAUUUUAUCGCUCGAUCAAGUUUUAUUUUACUCGAUAUUGAUUUUCCACUCGUCAAUGACCAAUUACGGAGCAUCAGAUGACCAAGAAGUUUAAAUAAUGGGAGAAUUGUAAAUUCUGGAAAAUUAAUGGGAGUAAAACAAACCGAUUAAAUCACUUGAGUUUAUUAAUGAUAGUUUAUUAAUUUACUUAAUAUUAAUGAAGAAAACGAAUGAAUUGAAACACAAUCAACUAAUAUCAUUGUAAUAUUAAUUAUUAUAUAUUGCUAUUAUUAUAAAUCUGUUUAUAAUAUAUAUUUUCAUUUUGAA